CGGCGGCGGCGAGCGGCUUCGGGACUGGGAGAGGGAGACGGACGGACGCUGAGCUGGAGCUGGUGCUGGUGCUGGGGACGACCCGGAGGGAAGUGAUGCCCCUUUUCAAUCCGUUCCGCAAGAAACCCAUGACCGAGGUCACCGAGCUGCAUCCAUGACGCCUCCAGCGACGACGCAGAACGGGGCCGAAGGGCGGAACGAGGAGCGCGAGAAUGGUGUACUGGCGCGUGGGCUUGGCGUGGAGCCGAUCGUGCGUGCUCGACCUCGGCUGCAACAAGAGCAUCGUCCCCUUCGGUCUCUGUAGCUCGGACGAGCAGCUCUCGUUUUAUGGCUACGUCAUCGCGUACCCGCUGCAGGACUACGGCGGCAUCAUGGCGGCCCUGGGCUCGGACUCGUGGUGGCGGAAGACGCUGUACAUCACCGGGGGCGCGCUGCUCGCCGCCGCUGCUUAUUUACUGCACGAGCUGCUCGUCGUCAGAAAAGAGCAGGAACUGGAUUCCAAAGACACUAUCAUCCUCCACCAAUUUUCCCGGCCCAAGAACGGCGUUCCCAGCUUGUCCCCUUUUUGCCUCAAGAUGGAGACCUACCUGCGAAUGGUAGACCUGCCUUACCAGAACUACUUUGACGGGAAGCUUUCUCCGCAGGGGAAGAUGCCGUGGAUCGAGUACAACCAGGAGCAGGUGAGCGGCUCUGAGUUCAUCAUCGACUUCCUGGAGGAGAAGUUGGGAGUGAACCUGAACAGCAGCCUGAGUCCCGAGGAGCGAGCCAUGUCACGCGCCAUCACCAAAAUGGUGGAGGAGCAUUUCUACUGGACAAUAGCCUACUGUCAGUGGGUGGAUAACCUGGAGGAGACUAAGAACAUGCUGGCAGUGACUGGGCCCCUGAGUGACCUGCUCAAGUGGAUCCUGAGUCACAUCAAUGGUGGGAUAGUGAAGAGAGAGAUGUAUGGCCAUGGCAUCGGGCGCUUCUCUAAAGACGAAAUCUACGCUCUGAUGGAAAAGGACAUGCGCACCCUGGCCACGCUGCUCGGAGAUAAGAAGUACAUCAUGGGCUCCAAAGUCUCCACAGUUGAUGCUGCAGUAUUUGGCCACCUUGCCCAGGCCAUGUGGACGUUACCCGGCACACGGCCGGAGCAGCUCAUUAAGGGCGAGUUCAUUAAUCUAGCCAUGUACUGCGAGCGCAUCCGGAGGAAAUUUUGGCCCGAGUGGUUCGUGGACGUCGAUGACUUCUACUGCGAUGGCUCGAGUGAAGAGCCGCACUCUCCGUCUCAGCUGCUUGACCUGGGCCUGUUUUCACACACUGACGGUUUCCCGGAGGAGCCCAGCAGCCUCUCGCGCUCCGACACCGCACACUCGCUGGACAGUGAUCGCACUGGACACUCGCUCUUCGACUCCGACAUGGACGCCGAGUACUCCGAGAUGGAGCAGACCAAGUGCUAACCAACUCAUCCGUCACGAUGCCGCUUCUCAGGCAUAUCUGUCCUCCGUUAAGCCCCUCUCACUAAGGAUCGAGUUCGCCUUUCUGAGGACGACGGGGCUUCUGAAAACUCUGGCUGCACAAAAGGGAUGAGUACAGCAAGCCACGUAAGAAAGGUGUGCAAUAUUAUCAUGGACAACGGGAAAGCUGAUGAAUCUCCUGUUUACCUGCAAGUAGAGCUGGGUAUGUUUAGUAUAUUAGCCAAUAAUAUGACUUUGACAUCGCGUUAAAUGGUCGUGAUUUUGCAGGAGUUAUAAACAUUGACCGGCGUCACGUGACAUGUAACUGAUUGGACAUAAAAAUCUAUUUUUGUACCGGAUUUUCAUUUUUCCUUCCGUCUCCUUUAUUUAUUUAUUUAUUUAUUUAUUUAUUUAGAGCAACAAGUGAAAUAUUGCAUCACACUUUAGUAGCCAUUUUGUUGAUCAAACUAGAUACCAUGAUACAUAUUUUGUAUUGUGAUAUGUCCUCAGAUAUCUUGAUGUCAUAUUUUUACCCAGCCCUACUUGCAUGAAAAUACGUUUGAGGUAAUUCGGUAGCAGGGAAAAUAAAGGGAUAGGCGGAGAAAAAAGAGAAAAAGCAAGUCAAAUCAGCGAGAAAGGAAAUGAUUUGGAAAACAAAACAAAACAAAAAGAGAUGGAGAGAAAGCCAGCUAAGGGAGUGCAUGACGCCACUGCUGAAUCAUUCCCUCCGUCCUGACAGAUCACUGUUACUCAUCGUUCUGUCGCCAUGUUGAAAAAGAAAAAAAAGUCUCUUCCAGUCUUAAGAUGCGUUAUCGUAUGGAUAUCAGUAUAGGUUUGGAUUCGGAGAGCACUUGAUACGGUUUCCUUUUGACCUUUCAAGUCACCCAGGCUUGUCAUCCCGGUAGCAUAAACUGCCCAGAUACUGAUGGACAACAGAUACUUUUUGUCCCUUUAAAAAGAAAAAGAAGAGUGAUGUUUUAUACAACAAUCAGAUUCGAGCAGAGUGAUCAUUGUAACUGAAGGAAGUGAAUGGUAAUGUGUGUGUUAUAAAGUAUUCGCAUAUAUGUAUAUAUGUGAUAAGGAUGUUUAUUUAUUUAUUUAUUUAUUUUAACAAAUUAAUCAUUCUGGAACUUGCACUGGCUUGUCUUAAGACCCGACUGAUUCUUGUCCUGUUUGUCUACGUGAUCCAUCCUCUUUGUGUUUUAGUCGAUGCAUGCAUGAGCUGUACGCUAGUACUAAAUUAUACACUGAUCAGCCAUAACAUUAAAACCAUUACAAUGGCACCUGUCAAGGGGUGGGAGACAGUUCUCCUAGUUGAUGUGUUUGAAGCAGUUAAAAUGGGCAGGCGUAAGGAUCUGAGCGACUUUGGCAGGGGCAAGCUGGCGGAGGCAGUGUGAUGCUCUGGGCAGUGUUCUGCUGGGAAGUCUUGGGUCCUGGCAUUCAUGUGGAUGUUACUUUGACAUGUACUACCUUCCUAAAUAUUGUUGCAGGCCAAUUAUCAUGGCAUCACUUCAUGGUAACGGUAUUCCCUAAUAGCAGUGGCCUCUUUCAGCAGGAUGAUGCGCCCUGCCACACUGCAAAAACUGUUCAGGAACGGUUUGAGGAACAUGACAAAGAGUUGAAGGUGUUGACUCGGCCUCCAAAUUCCCCAGAUCGCAAUCCGAUCGAGUGUCUGUGGGAUGUUCUGGACAAACAAGUCCGAUCCAUAGAGGCCCCACUCACAACUUAUAGGACUUAAAGGAUCUGCUGCUAACGUCUUGGUGCCAGACACCACAGCACACCUUCAGAGGUCUUGUGGAGUCCAUGCGUCGACGGGUCAGAGCUGUUUUGGUGGCACAAGGGCGACGUACUCCAUAUUAGGCAGGUGGUUUUAAUGUUGUAAAGCCCAAAGGGAGACAUUUUGUCGGUUGUUGAAUUGCCACGGCCAUGGGUAUUUAUAAGAUUUAGUGAUGUACGGCUGGAUUAUUUGAUUAGGAUUUCUCCGUAUGAUGUUGCAAUGACUUUUACUGAGUAAACUAGUGAUCAACAGUGUAAUGCAGGCAAUCACUAUUCGUUGUAGUUGUCCUUGUUUCGACCGAGAGACUAAUACAUGUGUUUGUCAGACAGCAGACACCUGUACGGUGUGUUCAAGACCGUCCUUCCCUUUUUUCAAUGCUUUAUUUUUUUUUAAUAUUCGCAGAUAGGACGACUUGAUUACAUUCGACUCCACUGGAGACUAGAUUAGACCCGGAUAUUAUUCAGUCUCCAGAUAAAAUCCCGUGUUGAAUUGGAGUUGAAUUGAUGCAUCCAUUUUUCCAGGGGUUGGGGGUUCGAAUCCCACUACCGCCCCUGUUUCUGCUGAGUUUGCAUGUUUCCUCCGGGUACUCCGGUUUCCUCAAGUCCAGAAACAUGCCUUGUAGCUUUUCCAAACUGUCCGUAGUGUGUGUGCGAUUGUGCCCUGAGGUGGGUUGUCACCCCAUCCACGCUGUCCCCCACCUCAUACCCAUACUUCUCUGGGAUAGGUUCAAGGCUUCCCUGUGUAGGAUAAGCGGUAUGGAAAAUGGAUGGAUGGAUAUCUGCUUAAGUUGUGGGUUCAGGAAUCCUGGAUUUCUAGAAUUGCUGCCCAAAGUAAACGAACUUUCUUGUGUUCGCGUGAUUGUGUGUUCACUUUUCACAAAGUGUCAAUUCAUCACUAGUGACUUUAUUGUGGAAAUUCACGGUACAUAGUACAGGAUAGUGAAGGAUAAUUUGUGUGUGUGUGUGUGUGUGUGUGUGUGUGUGUGUGUGUCCAUCUGGUGCAUGAAUGAGUCAUAGUCAUGCAUGGAUGCACAUACUUUCGAGGCAGUUGUCUCAUGGGUGGCUUACACACACGUUUAUUCCAUAACCUCUGCACUGCAGCGAUCUGAACAGUGACUGCAGCUUACACACACACACACACACACACACACACACACACACACACACACACACACACACACACCUUCGAAAAUAUGGGACUUAACUGUAACUGGUCUUUGAAUGAUAGAUACGUUUGUGUGUACUGACUGUUAAAGCGGCAUUAUUGUGGCAUUGAUUACUCAUUGUGCCAAAUAAACAACACACUCAGAACUUAACCGAGAUCUUGUUUACGGGACACACACCUGAGCAUUUUAUAUCAUCAGUGGUACAACCUGGGGUUUUGUUUUUGUUUUGUUUUUUCGCCUUGAGUGCGUCUCUUUGUUUUGCCUGUGUUAAUUUUUUUUCUCUCUAUUGCAGUCUCUCUCUCUCUCUCUCUCUCUCUCUCUCUCUCUCUCUCUCUCUCUCUGUGUGUGUGUGUGUGUGUGUGUGUGUGUGUGUGUGUGUGUGUGUGUGUGUACAGGAGUAGACCACUGCAGUGUAUUUCAGCACUGGAAGCUCCACAGCCUUUGGAUAUAGUCGUACAUCUUCAAUCCUGUGCCUGAUGCAACUGAUAUCAUUUAUUUCUAUUUCUCCUAUUUAUUCAUUAUUAUCAAUGUACUGGUUCUGUUGAUGUAUUGUUUAUUCAAAUUGUGUAUAUUUAUUUUGGUGGUUUUCUUUUUUUAAUCUAUUUUUUAAAAUGUAAAACAUUGAUUUAAACUGUGUGUGUAUAUAUAAUAUUAUAUAUAUUUUUUUGCUUGGAGUAUGUGGUAAAUGGUGUGAGUGGUUUGAAUUGCGUGCAGGUUAGAAGGUAGAACUAAUCCCACAUUGGCCAAAUAUUGUCUUCUUGAUGUCCUGUGUGUGUGUGUGUGUGUGUGUGUGUGGUGUGUGUGUGUGUGUGUGUGUGUGUGUGAGAGAGAGAGAGAAGCUCUGAGUGUGGCGAAAAUAAAGGCUGCACAGGGAACUGACAAUUCGAUCUAGAAUUAUAGUAGUCUGGGCAAUUAUGGGAGUGUAUACUCAAAAUAUCUACCGUGUAGGUCCGGCAGGUUUGACGAGAGAGCUGUUAAAUGUGAUAUGGGAGAGUUUAAUGGUCAGAUAUUAUUUUAGAACAAUCUUCGGUUUUAUGGUCGUGUAAAUGUGCAACCCGAACAUUUCCCUACUAUUAAUCUCAGCACAGACAAGUCCAGAUCCAGUGUGUGUGUAUAAACACUGAACAAUUCAUAAGGUAAGGCUCUUGUGUUGGGGUGCGGGGACAAAACACAACGGAAAUGAAUGUAGAAAGCAACGGAAGCCAGCCAGAAACCAAAUAAAAUCACGUACAGAAGUGGAUAGAGGAGCGACAGGAAAUGGGUCCAAACAAUAAUCCGAGGUCAAAAGAUUAACCUCAUCUUGUUCGUGUGUGUGUGUGUGUGUGUGUGUGUGUGUGUGUAUGAGAGCUAGUCGACUCUAAACUUUGCAGAUUCUGUGUUUUGUGUAUAAUGAUCCUUGUCUGGACUUCUGGCAUACAAUGUACAUAAUUUAUUGGGAAGGGGGUUGUAUGUAUACGAUGAAGACCACUGUAAAAUAAGAUGAAUUAGGUUCUUCCUCUGGGUGUAUAGUAACUAGAGAUGAAUGACUGUGUGAAAACAAGUACUCAAAGAAUAUUUAAUUAAAUAUAGCUGUGAUAAUUUCUCUCUUCUGUGCUGUAGCAUUUCUUGUUUUUAUUGUUUUUUAAUUUAAUUUUCUUUUAUUUACACACAACUGCUUGGAUCCUGUUGUGCAAUUCUUCAUGUCAGUGUCAGUCAUUCACCGAAAAAGCCCUUAACCCUCAUAUUCUCAUGCAGCCUUCGAUUUCCACCAAUGUCAGUUUCCCGAUCCAUGGAUUUUGAUGUUCUAGCAAUAUUGUUGUUCAAAAUGUUUGACAAUAAACUGUGUAUUCAUAUCUCA